GAUAGGAAGAAAGAAAAAGAGAAAGCUAAAUGUGAACAGAAGAAAUAUAUCGAAACUGUAGUUGUACUAAAAUUUUUUAGAACAUUCGAGUUAUUUGAUUAAAGUGGAUUUAAAUUUUGGAGAGAUUGAAAAGAAAUCAACUUGAAAUAAUAAUCAUGAAAUUGCUAGUUAAUAUCGGUAUAGAUGCACAUCGACAGUGGGUGCUCGGUAUUCAGUCUCCCUUGUAGGACAAGUGCGCACCACCUGUAGCUUGAUAUCUAUGUCCAAAAGGUCAAUCGCCUUUUUCUCGAGUUUUUCUGCAAAUGUUUAAGAAAAAUUGAACUAUGAUUAUUUGUGAAUCUGAAAAAUCAAUAAUGAUAUGAUAUAAAAAGUACCACAAACCAAAAUCAAUUGAAUCAAGAGCCAACAACAUAGAAAUUAUGACUGAAAACACAUAUAAUACCGAUUGUUGUAAAUGGACCAUGGAGGAACGAGAAAAAAUAUUAGCUACUGGAACGCUAGAGCAGAAAAAAGAGGCUUUCAAAGAUGACGAAGAGCUAAUGAGAGAAACGACCAAGUUUGUAAGUGAAGUUAUACAAAUGGCAAUCACGGAAGCAUCAAAAAGAAUAAUGUUCACAGAGAAAGGUGAUUCUAGCGAAGGAAGUAGACUGAAGGGUAUCGCUAGUAUCGCUGGUUGGAAUCAUCGUGCCCGUGGAUUCUGCAGUCGAAUAUUGAACGCGCUCUGCCCAUGCUUCACUAGCAAUGAAUUAUUCGCCUGGACACCGUACCGAUAUCGCUUCACGAGACCAUAAUCGUUUGCUGCCUCCCAGAAUUACCGUACUUUGCUGAGCAACUAUUAACUCAAUUUAUUGAAUAGCAAUCAGCACAAAUGCCUAUCGUGAAUACAAAAUAACGUGAAUUAAUUUCAAUAAUUAUUCAUACUACUGGCUUUAUACAAUUGUAUUUGGAAUUAUUUGAUUUAUUCUACUUUCUACAAUAAUUGUUCAUAUUUCUGCAGAAUGUUUCGCCAGAAUGAGAAAUACAUGUGUAUAUGUAUGCAUCUAUGUAAAUACUUAUGAAUAAUACUUGCGCAUGUUCACGGAUUUACGAUACGCAACUGUAACAAAUUAUAGUUUACAUAAUAUAUUUAUUUUACAAAAUAAUAAUUUUGUAAAAUAAUUACAAAAAUGUUGAUGUUUGAAACAGAUUUUUUUCGAUAAUGUAUAUCUAAUUGAAACAAUGUUCCCUUGUGUCUUUUCGAAAUGUAGUUCAUUAUACAGAACAUUGUAGACAAAAAUGAUAAUAAUAUAAGAAAAGAUAGUUGUACAUUAACUAUGUAUUAACUGUUAACAUUUUAUGUAAUAAUUUAUGGCGAUUUAAUUAAAAGAAAAAAAAUGAGAUAUGAGAGAGAGA